UUUCUCUGUCGUUUAAGUACCAAUGUACGGGCGGUCAUCGUUGGAGAUAUCCGUAUAAAUUAUUAAAUGAAGGUGCUAUAAGUGUUAAUUUUAUGCAAAAUCUGUAGGUUAUUAAUUGUUAAAUAAUGAUCUUGCUAGAGAUCAAUAAUAGAAUUAUAGAAGAAACACUAACAGUGAAAUAUAAAAAUGCACUGGCGCGAUUAAAGCCCGAGUCUAUUGAUGUAAAACUUGCAGACUUUGAUGGUGUGCUGUUUCAUAUAUCCAAUGUCAAUGGGGAUAAAACCAAAGUUAGGGUUAGUAUAUCAUUGAAGUUUUAUAAGCAAUUAGAAGAGCAUGGGGCAGAUGAAUUGCUUAAAAGAGUUUAUGGAUCUCUUCUUACUGAACCCGAGUCAGGUUACAAUGUAUCAAUACUUCUUGAUCUGGAAACCAUUCCUGACGACUGGGAGGCAAUCGUGAAAAAAGUUGGCUUGUUAAAAAGAAAUUGUUUUGCGUCGGUUUUUGAACGCUACUUUCGGCUGCAGGAGGACGGUGAUGUGAGCCACAAACGGGCUGUAAUCAACUACCGGCAAGAUGAAACUUUAUAUGUAGAAGCUCAAGAAGAUCGGGUGACUGUCGUAUUUUCUACAGUUUUCCGUCACGAAGAUGACGUUGUAAUCGGCAAGGUGUUCAUGCAAGAGCUAAAGGAAGGUCGGAGAGCAUCACACACUGCACCGCAGGUAUUGUUCUCUCAUAAAGAACCACCAUUAGAGCUGUUGGAUACCGACGCGAAAGUAGGGGAGAAUAUAAGUUACGUCACAUUUGUCCUGUUCCCGCGCCACACGUGCGAGGCGGCGCGCGACAACACCAUCGACUUGUUACACAUGUUCCGCGACUACCUCCACUAUCAUAUCAAGUGUUCUAAGGUGUACGUGCACUCGCGCAUGCGCGCCAAGGCGGGCGAGCUGCUGAAGGUGCUGAACCGCGCGCGGCCCGCCGCCGGCGCGCGCCCCGCCGAGCGCAGGACCAUCUCGGGGAGAACGUUCGUGAGGCGAGACUGAGCGCGGCGCCGGCGGGCCAGGGCCGCUCCACCCGCGAGGACGCGUUAUCCGUACCGAACCUCCGACAAUGUGCGUAUUUCCUGUAUCCACCGCGUAACUGAGGGACUGUAUACAAAUUAGAUAAUGGGAUUCGUGUUCAUUUGUCAUAUCCGCAUUGUCCAUCCGCGUCCGACACGUGGACUUUUGCUGUUCAUUGCAGUUUUAAGAGUUUAAAUUGCCAAUUGUUAUGCUCAAUGUUCGGUAUGUAUGUAUAGCGUUUUACGUUCGCUGAAUGAAAUGUGCACAUUGUGACAAAAUAUAUUUAUUAUUAUCGAUUCUUCAAACCUAAAAUAGCGAAGUCAAUAAUUAAUGUUGCCGUAGUUCUUGUUGAUAACAAAAUUAUGCUUUAUUAUAAAGAUAGUUCUAUUUAUAGUGAAAGCACUGCGACAGUCGUGACUUGGGUUCCUAAUUUUUAACGUAAUAGUACCCCAGACAAAUAUACCUUUAUUUAGACCGUGUUGGCGUCCGUCGGAGCGAUUUUACCUUUACGUAAUUUUAUUAACAGUAAGUGGCAGUUAACGAUUAUCACGUAGGGCAAUAUGUAUUAUAAAAUCUAGCCUAUUGUAAUUGUUUCGAUUUACUAACUUGUAAAAAUGUAAAACACCCAGAUGAGACAGGUAUCAUGCACAAACUUAAGAAUUAUUCAUUGUAUAAUUUUAAAACACUCGUCUCGUAUUAAUUUGAUAGCUAUGCAAUACGAACAAUAACUUAAUAAAAUAUAAAGUGUAUUAUGUUUUAGGUAGGUCCCAUUCAAUUAUUAAUAUGUAAGUGAAAGUGUAUAAAUAUUUCUCAACACAUUCUUCCAUAGACGAGGUUGACUCGAUGAUAAACUGUAAUGGCCUUAUUUAAGAAAAUGGAUUUAAUUCGGUUUAGGAACCGCUGCGGUUUCGAUUGAAUAGUGUCGCUAGUGUAGAUCACGAUACGAUGUAUCCAAUGUACAAUUCGAUCGUAACUUCUGUUCAAAUUUGUAUUUAUAUUAAUGCGAGUCUAAUUUUUGCUAAAUUAAUUUUAUUGUAUUUGACCAAUGCAUUUUCGCAUUGAAAAAAUUGCGUGGAUAAAAUGUGCAGUUAUCAGUCAUAACAUCGAUAUAAUAUUACUCGCAAGCAAUAUUGAUAGCUAGUGAGUUUGUCCUAAUCGAAAGGCAAAUGAAUUCAUAAGGAAAAGCUCCGUGCAUUUAAGGUGAAAAGUAAUUUAUUCAAAAAUAAUAGUGGUUAAGGAAAUAACAGAACGCGAUGCUAGGUAUACAUCGAGUCGUGAACUGAGAAAUGUUUAACUACAGUCAUCUGUUGCGAUGUCAAAGGAAAACACUUAUUCACUAAGUCAUAUAACUUAAAAAUAAUGUGACAAACUAAUAAACAUGACAAGUUUGAACGCGAGUGUUUAAUAAUGAGAUAAAAUGGAGCAUUUAGAAACAAUUUAUCUAUUUUAAACUGUAGCUAACUUGAAUUUUAUGAUUUUUUAUUUGCAAGAUUGUAUUAUUUAUGUAUUAUAAAAUAAAAUGUAAGUUAAAUGUUGCUUUAAAGUUAUUGCUUAAUUUUGACCAUUGUUUUUGUUGUAAGUUUUAAAACAAGAUUAUGUAAAUUGCAGACAUUGAAGCUAUUUGUGAAUAUGUAAUUAUUCUUGUGAUCUAAAACCCGAUGUAUUUUUUAUUUUCAAGAUUAAAGAAAACAUCUUACUGCAAGAAA